AUGUCUAGUAAGCUAUCUGAUUUACGUGGCUUCGUCUGCCUUGUGACUGGCGCAAGCAGGGGAAUAGGCCGUGGAAUUGCGGUGGGACUAGGUGAAUGUGGUGCUACAGUGUAUAUCACGGCUCGCACUCUCAGACCCAAAGGUGAAUCUGGAAACAGCGCAGCACCGGGAAGCCUUGAAGAAACUGCUUCUGAAAUAACUGCCCGAGGUGGUGUAGGUGCUAUAAUUUUUUGUGUCCUGCCUUCAAUUAUUCAAUCAAAAUUUCUGCGUGAUAUUUUAUCGUCAUGUUGGGCCAGAUUAGAUUUGUUAUCACCCCUCAUUAACGAGGCGUCAUUAUAUCUAACGAUCGUUUUUAAUGGCUGA